AGGUGUGGAGAAGAGCAUUCAGAAUCAACCGUCCAGUGGCACUGCAAUCAAUGGAUACCUGGAACAUGUCUUGGAUCCACCACUGAUGAUGCGAGAUGUCAACUACUGGCUCAACUAUGAGUUGGCCAAGGAGCCUGAACCGCGAAUCACCUGUGUGAAUGGCGCGGUGGAAGAGUCCUGCAUCAGUCAGCAACCUGCCGGGGGAGUCAGUUUUGCGAUUUCCGGCGCGCCCGGCACUGCAGCAGCUGUGUUUUUUUGCUUUUCAAGAGUGUCCGCAUGCUGUUCAGAUUCCAAUGGUUGUCUUUUUCCCACAUCACUGUUAGCUUUUUUUCCCACGGCAAGAAACGCAUAUUAUAUAUAUAUGUAUAUAAAGCAGGAUGUUUGGCUGGCAUGUUUGAGUGGCAUCUUCCACCGAUUUUUCUUUUUCUGCCACCGGUGUUCGGUCAACUGCGACGCUCCGACGCUCCGGCUGAAUGCGACGCCAUCGGUCCGAUGCCACAAGGAGAGAAACGCAGGGGCUUUUGGACCAGGAUAAAUUCAUCCGCGACAAUAUCACAGAAGAUGAUAUUCUGGUUGUGGAUGUGGGUGGAAAUGAUGUUGCCUUGCGGCCAACCUGCGGCAUCAUCUUCAACAUGGCAUGGCUCCUCUAUCUAACUCCAACGUGUCUCAUACGCUGCUGUCCAUGGUUGGCGCCCGGCAUGUGGUACUUCUUCUACAUGUUCCGGGUGAGGCUCAGGCGUAUCAUCGACAAGCUGAUUGCCAAGCGAAAGCCCAAGAUGAUUGUGAUUUGCAUGCUGUAUUUUCUCGAUGAGCAGCCGGGCGGCAGCUGGGCAGAUGGCACCCUGCAAGCUUUGGGCUAUGACACCAAUCCAGACAAGCUUCAGACGGUGAUGCGACAGGUCUACCACUGGGGCAUCUCACAAAUCAAUAUCCCCAACACCACGGUCGUGCCUCUUCCAUUGUAUGAGGUGCUGGAUGGAAAGGACACCCAGGACUACGUGGCGCGAGUGGAGCCCAGUGACCAGGGCGGUGCCAAGUUAGCCCAGGCCAUCCGCGCAGCCAUCGUGGGCCGCGAGUGAUGAGGAGCAAAUUCCUGCCACGGAAAUUCCGACCUGGCGCGAGACGUGAGGUGACACACGUGGUGUGAAUAGCUUGUUAUUUCUCGACGAGAGUCGAGAAAGAGUCAGUGCAGAGUGUAGAUGGCAGACGAGACGAGUUUCUCCAAGAUGAAGAGCAGGUUGUAUUCUGAAACGCUUUUGGAGUUAGAAGUUUGCGAUGAAUUCUUGGGGUACAAACCGUGUUUCAUCAGACCAGGCUGUAGGGCCAGUCGCCUUGGUGAGUGCCAGAUUGGAG